CCCGCCCCUUCCACGAAGCUCGCGCACUGAAACGAGGAGCCGAAGCCCUGAAGCCAGGUACAGUGUGUCUCAACACUGUUAGGAUGCUGUAGCUUUCGCCACACAAUCUGCUGACUGUCGCGGCGUGGCCUUCAAAAGGUCAGAGUGAUGCUCCCAGCGGCUCUCUUGUGAUCUCUGUUGCUGCGGUUUCCACGGGAACGAGAAGGACGGUGGACAGAACGCAGUCAAGUCGCCAAAAGAUGACGUCGCUGUCGCCCACUCACAGUGACAGCAGCGGCUCCUCGAAGCAUGACAGUAACCAGUACUGUGUCUGUGUGUCCCUGCAGGACAGCUGGGAGAUUGUAGAGGGGCUCAGGGGGGCUCCAGCCAGCGUGCAGGAGCCCGACAGACAGGAGGGCCUCCUGCUCAAGAGAAGGAAGUGGCCCAUGAAGGGGUGGCACAAGAGGUACUUUGUGUUGGAGAAAGGCAUCCUGAAGUAUGCAAAGCGAGACGCUGAUCUGAAGAAGGGGAAGCUGCAUGGCCGCAUCGACGUCGGCCUCUCGGUCAUGUCAAUCAAGAAGAAAGCUAUGUGCAUCGACCUGGACACUGAGGAUAACAUCUAUCACUUAAAGGUGAAGUCUCCAGAGCUGUUUGAGGAGUGGGUGUCAAAGCUGCGUAAUCACCGCGUGUUUCGGCAGAACGAGAUUGCCGUGUAUCCCCAUGAGAGGCACCUCUUCCACCCACACGCCUCAUCCUCCCCCUCCCUCAGCGACUCCCUUAGAAAAAGGGCUACUCUGACAAAGCAGGCGUCAAUCCAGCAGGCGAAGGUCAAUUCUUGGCUCCAUUCCUCAGAGGACAUGGAUAAGUGCAGCAAAGACUUGGAAGAAUGUGAGUCGUACCUGCUGGAACUCAACCUACUGCUGAAGAGUAUGGAGGUCCUCCAUCGCACUUACUCAGCCCCAGCCAUUAGUGCACUACCAGGGUCUAAUUUUGACAUCCCCAAAAAGGAGAAGAGGCCAAGGAGAUGGAGAUCCAAAAACAACGGAAAAGAAACCAAAGCCACACUACAGGUCCCAAGCUGCAUCUCCUCCCAAUCUCCUCGCCUCCACGCCUCCAACCCGAACCUCUCCACCACGGAAUCGAACACUCAAGAAGUCUGUCCCGAGUCCCCAGACUCACCUACAGAUGUGUCCCGUUUACAGGAGGACUUCUGCCAGCUGGCCAACAACAUCCACGCCACACUGAAAUCAGCCUUUAGUUCCCUCGCAGCAGAAAAAGACAGACUGAGACAAACCCUGCAGGCCCCACAGCCGUCGCAGGUCAUGGGUCUGAAGAGCGCCUAUUCCUCAGUGAGUGUCUCUGUGAUUCAGAUAAUCAUGGGUCUGCAUCACACAUCACACAUGUCCUUUACAUUUUCACCAGGGAUCUGUUUCACCCACUUGGCUUGUUCUCAUUAUCAGGAAAGUCCAAGUGGAUCCCACUCUUUGGUUCACCAGGCGUCCAAUGAGAGCAGAGCAUCAAUCCCAGAGUCCAUCUCCGAGUUUUUUGAUGCUCAGGAGUACCUCCUCUCCUCUUCCUCCUCGGAGAAUGAAGUAUCUGACGACGACUCGUACAUCAGUGAUGUCAGUGACAGUGUUUCCAUGGAUACCUACAGCAAUGAGGGAGGAAGUGAGAGACACAACUCUGUUAGCAGCGUGGUGACCCUGGCUCGUCGGCGCUCCACACUGCCCUCUACCAGCCCGACCAGCAGCGUGAGCCUGUGGAACAUCCUGAAAAACAACAUCGGUAAGGACCUGUCCAAGGUGGCCAUGCCGGUGCAGCUCAAUGAGCCGCUCAACACCCUGCAGAGGCUGUGCGAGGAGAUGGAGUACAGCGAGCUGCUGGACACCGCCAACCAGACCCAUGAUCCCUACCAGCGCAUGGUGUAUGUUGCUACUUUUGCAGUAUCUGCAUAUGCGUCCUCCUACCACCGAGCAGGAAGUAAACCCUUUAACCCGGUCCUGGGAGAGACGUACGAGUGUGACCGGCCGGACAAAGGCUUCAGGUUUAUAGCUGAACAGGUGAGUCAUCACCCUCCUGUGUCAGCUUGUCACUCUGAUUCAAAGAACUUCAGCUUUUGGCAAGACGUCCGAUGGAAAAAUAAAUUCUGGGGCAAAUCCAUGGAAAUUGUUCCCAUGGGAACCACCCAUGUCACGCUACCUGCCUUCGGGGAACACUACGAAUGGAACAAAGUGACGUCCUGCAUCCAUAACAUCCUGAGCGGUCAGCGCUGGAUAGAACACUACGGAGAGAUGUCUAUCAAGAAUAUCAACAGUGAUGUUUGCCAGUGCAAAGUCACAUUUGUUAAGGCUAAAUCCUGGAGCUCUACGGUGAACGAGAUAGAGGGCGUGGUCACAGAUUCAAAUGGAAAAGUCGUGCACUCCAUUUUUGGAAAGUGGCACGAUUCCAUUUUUCAAGGAGACCCACCUGCGGCCACCUGUAUCUGGAGGACAAAUCCCAUGCCAGUGGACCAGGAGCAGUACUACGGAUUCACCCAGUACGCAGUGGAGCUGAAUGAGCUGGACCCCACCCUGAGACUUCUUCUGCCCCCCACAGACACACGCUUUAGACCGGACCAGAGGUUUCUGGAGGAGGGGAACACAGAAGGAGCUGAGGAGCAGAAACAACGAAUCGAGCAGCUCCAGAGGCAGAGGAGGAAAGUGCUGCAGGACAACAACAUGACCCACCAGCCACACUUCUUCAAGAAGUCUAAAGACGACACGUGGGUGAGCAACAACACGUACUGGGAGACCCGCAGAGACCCCGGCUUCAGUAAGACUGACUUCCCUGUGUUGUGGUGACCGUUGGAUUUAACCCAAUCUCUCCACCACAAUCUAUCAUAAAGAGGGAAGUAUAAAACUGAACUGAGACCAGUCUGCCAUGGUCCUGACCUGGUGAACAUAAAUCAGGAGAUGUCACGUUAACCUGAAUUUACAUGGAGUUCCUGCUUCCUCUUUCAGGACUGAGCGAAGCCUGUACAAUUCUUUUUCUUUUUUUCUUUCUGUUGUUUAUAAAAUUUUUCCACAGGUGCACAUUUUCUCCUCACAUUAUACUGACUUUUAUUUACACAGUAUCAGUGUAGACUGUAGAGGCAUAUCAUCAUGUUCUGUUGCAUCUCAGCAUUUACCAAAGUGCCUUUUAUUGCAGUGCCUCACUAAAUCUGCUGCUCUUGCAUUAAUGCAAAAAAAAAACAAAAAAAAACUUUUUAACCUUUUAGGAUGAUGUCAGUAUCACAUGUGGACCUCGCUGGAGAGUAAAGGAUCAGAUUUAGAAGUGGACUUGUUCUUUAGGUCCAAACCUGUUCAAGUAUUACUCCAUCAAUGCAGCAUCAUGAUCCGUGGAUGUUUCCAUGACUUCAACCAGUGUCUGACUGGAGGAUAUCGUUCUAAAAGAGGGACUUCAGCCUUUUUAUGCUGCCUUGUAAUAAUCCAUCAUGGCUGUCAUAGGACUGUAUACCAUGUUUGUCAAAACAGCAAUAAUAUUCCAUGUUUAAAGAAAAUAAUAAUAAACUGUACAAUGGAUGGACAAGUUA